AUGGACAUGGGAGCGCAUUCGCACGGCGGGGACAUGAGCAUGGGAGGGAGCAUGAAGAAGUCCUACACCCACAUGACCUUCUUCUGGGGGAAGAACUCGGAGAUCCUCUUCCAGGGAUGGCCGGGCACGCGGGGCGGCAUGUACGCCCUCGCCCUCAUUUUCGUCUUCGUGAUGGGGAUCCUCGUCGAGUGGCUAUCUCACUGCCGCCUGAUCAAGGAGCGAUGGCCGCGUCUCCCCGCCGGCAUCUUCCAGACGGCCCUGCACGCAGUCCGUGUGGGCAUCGCAUACCUGCUGAUGCUUGCGGUUAUGUCGUUCAACGUGGGCGUGCUAAUCGUAGCCAUCGCCGGGCACGCGCUGGGCUUCCUGCUCUUCAGCGGCGCGCUGUUCGGCAAGAAGGCUGACGAGAACGUCAGGGACCUGCCGCCCAUGAAAUGCUAG